UGAUUUUUUGUUUAUUUAUUUUGCAUAUAUUUCUGUAUUUUGGGAAGUUAGAUAAGACAUACUUCAUUGGCUAUAGGAAUACAGGGAGGGGCUGCACUCGAUACACAUGCUGUUGAGGAAGGACGAUCCAUUUUACAGAGACAGUGGCCCCUUCACAUAUUUUAUAUCUUUCGUCUGUGAUGUUCUGCACUUCCUCCUUUGUGGUUUUUUACUCUCUACUCGGUCUGAGCACGCUGUGAGUGAAAGUGCUUUAUCUUGCUGUAGACCUGUUUGGUGCCGUCAGGUAUCAGGUACUCGUUGCUGAAUUUUUUAAGGUGCUCUAAAAACUCUGAAGAUGGUAGAUGGAACGAAAAGAAGCGAAUCAUCUACACAACCAGAAGAAAACCUCCUGACGAAGCUGAUUAAUUACAUGAGAACCAAAAAGGGGGUCAUUCUGUGUUCUGAGAUUGUGCUGUCCACUAUCAUCAUCAUUUGCUUCUCUUGCUCGUUGUAUGGACGGUACAUUGUAGUGGCUAUUUAUGAGUUGGUCUCCACCCUCAUCAUCUUCAUCAUUUUUGUCCUGGAGCUGCAGAGUACUUUCCGUUUCAUAAACUUCCCAUGGACAGACUUUUUCAGAGCAGCAAGCAGUUGCAUCAUCAUCUUCAUCAUCUCUGUCGUAUGUGUGGUCAGUUGGAGGACAGACAGUCCUCAGCUUACUGGAGGAGUCUUUGGUCUACUGGCAGCACUAGUGUAUGGCUACGAUGCUUACAUCAUCAUCACGGACAUCAAGAGCAAUAAAGAUCAGCAUCGUAAUGUUCUGGUUGUAUCUGUCUGAUGUUCCAUGCAAGAAUGGAAACAGUAAUAAUGUGGAACUGAAGAUGCUGCAGUGGCUUGAGUGAAGGGGUGUGGGAUAGCAGAACAGCAUCAAAUCCUCGUCUCAGAAAACUCCACAACAAAGGAACUAUACAUGCAAUUACAGUGUUGUAAGUUCAUGUAUGUUUUAAAGACUGAAAAUAAUCAAACUCAGAGACCACCUUUUCAUUUAUCUAAUUUCCAGUCAAAACGGCCAUUAAAGCAGCACUAGCAGUGUUGAGUGUAGAGAAAAACUAAAAAUUGAACAUGCUAAACACAUUAAAAUGUGGUGUGUGUGCACCUCUUUGAGUUGCCCUGUAAAGCCUGAAAUAGUGUUUUUUUUAGUCAAACAGAAGGUCCGGCUUGAUUUACUUAAAUGCAAAAUCAACAUUAUACUGAUAAAGAUAUGACAAUCGUAGACAGUUCACUCACAUGCUUGGGAGAUAUGUCCUUCACCAAGCUUUUCUACAAAAACUCUUUCAACGCACUCACAAACGUCUGAUGCAUCUGUGUGUGGGGGUCUGAAGUACAGUGUUACAAAAUGUUCUUCUGCAUGUUGCUUGCAAUUCCACCAGAGAGGGCUCCAAAUACCCAAAUUCUACAUAGUAUUGCUUUAAGUACAAGUUAUUCAUGUACAAGUUAUACAUCAGCUUUUGGGGAAAAAAGUAGAAAACAUAUAGUUACCAGGCAAUUAUGUAGAAGCCUCAGCAACUAAACAUGACAUCAGUUUUUUCCAGUAAUUAGUGUGU